GCAGCAGCAGGGGGCGGUAUGGGCGGGAACAGCCGUCCGUGUCGGUUUGUAAACACAGAAUAAGAAGCGCUUAAUCUGAACUGUCGCGGGGGUUCUGUAGUCUGGACUGAACCGGGACCGGUGUGCUGUGAUAUGGACGUUAAUGAGUCCCUGGGGAAGCAGCAGGCGGACCGGUGACGGUGCCGGGAAGCUGGACGUGCUGUGGUCCGUGUCCUACCCGCUGCUGGCCGGGCUGUCCCUGCUCAUCCUCCCGCUGCUGUUCUGCUGGCGGCGGAGCCGCAACGCGGCCGCUGUCAGAGCCGAGCGCCGAGCCACGGAGAACCGGGAGCGGGACGGCGGCACCGGGAGCCCGGAGCGAGGCGACCGGGUCCGGAGCCACCACGGGCGGGCCUUCGAGUUCAUCUCUGCGGCGCUGAGGAUCGAUGAGGAUGAGCAAGGUGACAAGCAGCAGGCGGUGGGCUGGUACCAGCGAGGGAUCACCGAGCUGGAGAAAGGCCUGGCCAUCCACAUCUCAGGACACGGAGAGAAGUCGGAGUGCGACCGGCGGCUGCAGAGCAAGAUGACAACCAACCUGAUCAUGGCCAAAGACCGACUCAAGUCUCUGGUGGAGGGUCUCUCCGUCUCCGGGGCUCAGGCGGACCUUUACAGCGCCACCUCUAGCCCCGCCCACCGCCAGGCUCCGCUGCGUUCAGGGCCGUCCGGCCGGCCCGGCGCCGUCUCCAGAAAGAGAGACUCUGUUAACCCCGCACCGACCGGCCGCCCGAAGCCUUCCUCCUCCUCCUCCUCCUCCUCUUCCUCGCUGGGUCUUCCUCGCUCCACGCCGCUCGGCCCUCAGCGCCCCCCCGCUGCCCACGGCAACAGCAAGGGGAGAACAAGUCGCCGCGGGGUUGUAGUCCGCUCCACCCCCCCGCUGCCCCCACCGCUGGAGAAGAAAGACGUGAAGAAGAACCUGAAGAACGUAGACGGGAAGCUGGCCGACCUCAUCCUGAACGAGAUCGUGGACAGUGGGUCCUCCAUCAGGUUUGCAGAUGUUGCCGGGCAGGAUUUGGCGAAGCAGGCGCUGCAGGAGAUAGUCAUCCUGCCGGCGCUGAGGCCCGAGCUGUUCACAGGGCUGCGGACUCCAGCCAGAGGACUUCUUCUCUUCGGUCCUCCUGGCAACGGAAAGACCAUGCUGGCUAAAGCUGUGGCAGCCGAGUCCAACGCCACCUUCUUCAACAUCAGCGCAGCCAGCUUAACUUCCAAAUACGUGGGUGAAGGAGAGAAGCUGGUCCGAGCUCUGUUCUCCGUGGCCAGAGAGCUGCAUCCCUCCAUCAUCUUCAUCGAUGAAGUGGACAGUCUGCUGUGUGAACGAAGGGAGGGUGAGCAUGACGCCAGCCGGCGCCUGAAGACAGAAUUCCUCAUCGAGUUUGACGGGGUCCAGUCGGGUGGUGAGGAGAGGGUUCUGGUGAUGGGAGCCACCAACCGGCCGCAGGAACUGGACCAAGCUGCUCUCAGGAGGUUCUCUAAGAGGGUGAGCAGGGGGACAGGAGAGGAGACUCGCCUCAGUCUGCUGAAGAACCUUCUAGAGAAACACAGCAGCCCGCUGACGCAGCGAGAGCUCCAACAGCUCGCCAGAAUGACAGAGGGCUACUCCGGCAGCGACCUCACCUCAUUGGCUAAAGACGCCUCCCUGGGACCAAUCAGAGAGCUGCAUCCAGAACAACUGAGGAAAAUGGAGGCCAGUGAGGUGAGGAACAUCUGUUUCCGAGACUUCGUGGAGUCUCUGAUGAAGAUCAAGAGGAGCGUCGGUGCUCAGACCCUGGAGCUGUACACUCGCUGGAACAGAGACUACGGAGACACCACAGCUGGAACAGAGACUACAGAGACACCACAGCUGGAUCAGAGACUACGGAGACACCACAGCUGGAACAGAGACUACAGAGACAUCACAGCUGGAUCAGAGACUACAGAGACACCACAGCUGGAACAGAGACUACAGAGACACCACAGCUGGAACAAAGACUACAGAGACACCACAGCUGGAACAGAGACUACAGAGACACCACAGCUGGAACAGAGACUACAGAGACACCACAGCUGGAACAAAGACUACGGAGACACCACAGCUGGAACAAAGACUACAGAGACACCACAGCUGGAACAGAGACUACGGAGACACCACAGCUGGAACAAAGACUACGGAGACACCACAGCUGGAACAAAGACUACAGAGACACCACAGCUGGAACAAAGACUACGGAGACACCACAGCUGGAACAAAGACUACGGAGACACCACAGCUGGAACAGAGACUACGGAGACACCACAGCUGGAACAAAGACUACAGAGACACCACAGCUGGAACAAAGACUACAGAGACACCACAGCUGGAUCAGAGACUACGGAGACACCACAGCUGGAUCAGAGACUACGGAGACACCACAGCUGGAACAGAGACUACGGAGACACCACAGCUGGAACAGAGACUAUGGAGACACCACAGCUGGAACAAAGACUACAGAGACACCACAGCUGGAUCAGAGACUACAGAGACACCACAGCUGGAACAAAGACUACAGAGACACCACAGCUGGAACAGAGACUACAGAGACACCACAGCUGGAACAGAGACUACGGAGACACCACAGCUGGAUCAGAGACUACAGAGACACCACAGCUGGAACAGAGACUACAGAGACACCACAGCUGGAUCAGAGACUACAGAGACACCACAGCUGGAUGAGCUCACACACUUUCUGAUCUAAAACCUCUGUUUAUGUACUUUUGCAAGAAUGUUUCUACAAAAAUAAAGACUCCUCCUCUGA